GUAGUAAGAGGACCGUGUGUCAUGUGAUGUAGCUUUAGCUUCUGCUUGUAACAAACAUCAGCUGUUUGCUGUAAAAUCACCGACUAAACUCUCCAGAGUUGUUUUAUUUUAUUUUUAUUUGAGUUGUUCAGCAGGAAGAGGCGACUGGAGCUUUUUGUGUCUGAAUUUCACCAACAGGAGGAGCCGCCAUGGCUGAUGAUCUGAAGAGGUUCCUGUACAAGCAGCUGCAGAGCGUCGAGGGUCUUCAUGCCAUCGUGGUGACGGACCGGGACGGAGUCCCCGUGGUGAAAGUUGCCAACGACAACGCCCCGGUCCACGCCCUGAGACCCGGAUUCCUGUCCACCUUCGCCCUGGCCACGGACCAGGGGAGUAAACUGGGCCUGUCCAAGAACAAGAGCAUCAUCUGCUACUACAACACCUACCAGAUCGUCCAGUUCAACCGUCUCCCUCUGGUCAUCAGCUUCAUCGCCAGCAGCUCCGCCAACACCGGUCUCAUCAUGACUCUGGAGAAGGAGCUGGAGCCGCUGAUGGAGGAUCUGAGGCAGGUGGUGGAGGUCACAUAAGCCCCGCCCCUGGAGAAGCCCCGCCCCCAGAGACAUAGGCCCCCCCCCCCCCCCCCCCCCCCCGUCUCUACGGUGACGCCUUCAAGUCCCGUAGGAGAAUCCUGCGUCCCGUCUGACGUCCGGACCUGAACCUUCUCCUAAACUCCUGUCGUCUUUGCUUUCUCAGUAAUUCUGAUUAAUUAAUUAAAUGCUCCGUUUGUUUCAACUGAAACUUUGUAUUUU